AUGACCAAAAUCAGCAAAAAAGCAUGGCGACUCAUCAAGAAGCUAAAUGGGGACCCGGUUACACACACCAACGAUAUAAAUGUAACAGCUACUCUUAAAUGGUAAACCAACAGCAAAAAUCAAAAGAGGAAAACUCACUAGAAGCCGAGACACUGAGCAAAAUAAUUUUCAACUUGACUUUACUCCUGAUGAACUAAAUGAGAGCCUGAAGGAGAUGAAAAACAGAAAGGCACCCAGGGUGGACAAAAUAAUGACAGAACAAAUAAAAGAAUUCAGCAUAAAAUCUAAACAAUGGUUACUAACUUUCCUAAACUCAUGCUGUGACAAGGUCUUAGUACCCAAAAUGUAGAGAAAAGCAAAAAUAGUGGCACUACCCAAACCAGGUAAAGAUUACAAAAACCCAAAAAAUUACAGACCGAUAUCUUUGUUAUGUCAUACUUUCAAACUGUACGAACGUAUGAUCAUGAAUCAUAUCAAGUGCCAAGUCGAAAGAAAACUUAUUCCUGAGCAGGCUGGCUUUAGGCCGGGUAAAAACUGUACAGGACUGGUAUUAAACUUGUGCCAAUAUAUAAAGGACGGCUACGAGAAUAAAAAAGUAACUGAGGUGGUCUUUGUAGACCUAUUUGCAGCGUAUGACACAGUGAACCAUAAUCUUCUACUUAAAAAGAUUUACGAAUGCACAAAUGACUGGCACUUUGUCUGAAUAAUAUCCUCCAUGUUACACAACCGACGUUUUUUUUUAUGACUACAGCACUAAUCAUUCUACUCCAAAUGUAAAAAUUAUUAUUAGUCUAAACAAAUUAAUUAUUCUUUAAACUAGGUAGUAAUGAAAAUACUACAUUAACUAUUACUUAUUUUAUAUUUUAACAGGCGAUGAACAUGAUCGUUGUUUUGUUUGUUGAGGAUGUAGAGAUGAAGUUGGUGAAGUUAUCAAUGCCCUUCUGCAAUGUGGACACGGGUGGUGUUGUGAUCCUUGUAGUGAACAAUUGA